GGUGUUCAAAAGUCAAAAUCCCUAUCUGUGUCAUUUCAUCAAACAGUUUAAGCGCACAUCUAAAGAAGAAGAAGAACUCGCCGGAAAAAAUGUCUGCGUGCAGCAAAAUCCGCCACAUUGUGAGGCUCCGCCAGAUGCUACGGCGGUGGAGGAAGAAGGCGGCGCGGGGGCGCGUCCCGGCGGACGUGCCGACGGGACACGUGGCGGUGACGGUGGGGAGCAGCUGCAAGAGAUUCGUGGUGCGCGCGACGUACCUGAAUCAUCCGGUGUUCGUGAAGCUUCUGUCGCAGGCGGAGGAGGAAUACGGGUUCACCAACGCCGGCCCGUUAACGAUCCCCUGCGACGAGUCGUUGUUCGAAGAGGCUCUCCGGUACGUGGCCCGGCCCCAAUCGAACGCCGGCUCGGCCCGAUGCGUGAACUUGACGGAGCUUCAGAGAUACUGCUCCGUCGGUCUCCGGAAUAACCUAGAAAUCUGGACGGAGUCGCGGCCGCUUCUGCACGGCGUCUCCGAUAAAUCGGUUUGUUAACACGAAAAGAGAGAGAGAGAGAGACCGAGUUGGCUCGUCCGAGUCAGACCGUCUGCACAGUUAACCGGAAUUUCUUUUCCGUUUUUUUUUUUUUUUUCUCAAUUGUAAUUUUGCUUCAAUACUUAUCUGACUUGAGACUUGAGAGCAAAGCCAAAGUCCACUCCGGUCCCCGGAAUAUGGCCGGAGAUGGCUGUCAAGUCGUCCCGGAUUCGGCUCCAGAAUCUAUACAUUCAAAACUCAAUACACAUUUUUUUUUUUAAUUUUCUUAUAUUUAACAAUAUUAUAAGAAUGAUUAUUAUUUAA